AUGGCAGUGAAUGGUUUAUACGUAGUUCAGGGUGAAGCCAAUGCUGUGAUAGCACUGUUGAAAAAAGCACAUCGAAACUGGUCGCAUCAUCAACAAAUCCAUUUAGGACAUUCAUUGCUUGAUGAAACCGACCCGUUGUUGAGGAAUUUUGCAGAUUUAAGGGAUGUUUUCAACUCCGUAAACGACUUAUCGGAUAUGAAUCCAGACACAUUCCUAAUUCCAUUUCUGGAUGUGAUACGUUCUGAUCAAACUAGUGGUCCAGUAACGGCGCAAGCUUUAUCAUCCGUUGCAAAAUUUCUUAGUUAUGGAUUAAUUGACAGUUCGAGUAUCAAAACAUCAAAUGCGGUAGAAAAUAUUGCGGAUGCUGUAACGCAUGCAAAAUUUAUUGGUAGUGCUGACAGUGGUAGAGAUGAAGUUGUUCUACUAAAAAUUCUUCAGGUGCUGCGUAAUCUUAUGCUUACAUCAGUUGGGCAAUUAUUGUCCAAUGAAAGCGUUUGUGAAAUGAUGCAAAGUUGCUUUCGGAUCAGUUUCGAAUCUGCUUUGAGCGAACUUUUACGUGAAGUUGCUGAAGCUACCUUAUCUGAUAUGACUCAGCUAUUAUUCAGCAGGUUGCCUACAUUUCAGGAAGAUAUUCGUCAUCCUUACAUUCGGAAACUGAUGAAACGUGCCGGCCAUUUGGCGGGAAAGAGAAAGAGACGAAGAACUUACUUCAGUGAUAUUGUAAAGAAUGAGAAAGGGGAAAAGGAUAACAUUGAAAAUGAUAUGAUAGCACCUCGACAAUCGAAGAAAGAAGAAAAUAGGCAAGAAAGUGAUGAUGGCGUUAGAUCGGCGCAAAAGGCUGACCUAUUAAAUUCAAUCGAAAUAGUGCCACUUCUGCAAAGUAAGGAUAGAAAGCUGUAUAGCGAUAAUCCUCAAGUUGCUGUAAUCGAUAGAGCCGAAACAAUUGGUAUCGACUCUCAUCAACAUUUGACAGAACAGCCCGAAUUUGUUAAUGGCACCACUAUUGCUAGUGUACUAUCUAGUGAACCUUUCGAAACAGUAAGACUUGAUUCAGAUGAUGGUGUUAUGCCAGACAAUGAUGAUAGUUCUACUUCAUCCGAAAAAGAGAAUAACGAGAAGGGACGAGUGGUCAGAAAAAGGAUAAAAAAUCCUGAAGAUAUGGUAAAGUCAGCAUCCGAUUUUGAAAAUGAAAAUUCUAUAUUAAAUGAUGAAAAACCGAUACCAUCCACAGAGACAGUUGCUUCAAAUUCAACCGCUCAUAUAUCAUGCGGUAUACCAUGUGUCCGUGAACUACUGAGGUUUUUAAUUGCUCUAAUUAAUCCACUGGAUCGCGCCAAUACGGAAUCAAUGAUUUUGAUGGCGUUAAAUUUGCUCACUGUUGCACUCGAAGCUGGCGCAGAUCAUGUGCGCAGUUUUUCGUUACUGAUGCCGCUGAUGAAAGAUGAACUCUGUCGUGCGCUGUUGCAACUUUUGGAUACCGAAAAGUUACCUGUGUUUGCUGCGGCAAAUCGUGUCUGCUUUCUUUUGUUUGAGGGUCUUCGUUCGGAUUUGAAAUUCCAACUUGAAAUGUAUUUCCUAAAAUUACAAUCAAUUGUAACCAGUGAACAGACUCGUAUUAGUUACGAACAGAAAGAAAUGGCACUGGAGAGCAUUGUGCAAUUAUGGCGUAUAGCGGGACUGGUUACGGAAAUUUAUUUGAAUUAUGAUUGUGAUUUGUACUGCUCAAAUCUUUUUGAAGAUCUUACUAAGCUUCUUCUUGAAAAUGCGUUUCCUGUUCUGGGCCUACGUUCUAUCAAUUUACUAUCGCUUGAUGGUUUGCUGACUGUAAUUGAUACGAUUGAUAAUAACUGUGUGUAUAGGCAGGCUGGUAGUGUUCAUCAGAAAAUGGCUGUUCCAACUUUGGUACCGGCCCAACUACACUUGCCAGCUAUCAGUGGAUAUGCUUUUGGAAGACAGAGUGCGAUCGAUGAAACUUUAUCAGUUACUACGGCGGGAAGAACAGCACUUCUUGAAACAUUUUUACCUUCUACUGCAUUACACGCAAAUCGGAUGGCUCCGUCGUCCACACUUCCAUCAAUUAUAGAAGUUAUCGAAAGAAAAAAGAAAAAACGAAUUAUUACGGAAGCGACGGAACUUUUCAAUCAGGAUCCGAAGAAAGGAAUUGAAUUCCUUAAAGAGAAGAAAAUCUUAAAAUCGCCGCUAGAUCCUGUGGAUGUCGUGGCGUGGUUAAGAGAGAACCCACACCUUGACAAAAAGCGGAUUGCCGAUUACAUUUGCAGCCGAAAAAACGCCGCCGUAUUGGAUGCGUUUGUUCGGUCAUUUCCAUUUGAAAAUACUCGUCUGGAUGACGCUUUACGUAUGUUUUUGGAAACAUUUCGAUUGCCUGGGGAAGCUGCAGAAAUCUCGAUGGUAAUGCAGCAUUUUGCAGACCACUGGUACAUUGCAAACGGUGAACCCUUCAACCACGUUGAUGCAGCGUUCACGUUAGCUUAUGCUGUUAUUAUGCUCAACACUGACCAACACAACCCACAGGUACGAAGAAAUCAGCGGCCGAUGCAAGCAGAAUGUUUCAAGCGAAAUUUAUCAGGUACCAACGGUGGCCAAGAUUUCGACCCGGCAAUGUUGGAUGAAAUGUACAAUGCUAUCAGAAAUGACGAAAUUGUGAUGCCUGCUGAGCAAGUUGGAAUUGUAAAAGAAAAUUACUUGUGGAAGGUUUUAUUACGACGUGGAGAAACGAAAGAAGGUGAAUUCAUCCAUGUACCGGCAGGAUGGAAUGACCAUGAUUUGUUUAGUAUUACUUGGGGUCCCGCUUCUGCGGCAUUAUCAUUUGUAUUUGAUAAAAGUGGAAGAGAGGGUAUUUUACAGAAAGUGCUGAAUGGGUAUCGCAAAUGUGCAUCCAUAGCUGCACAUUAUGGAAUGAGUGAUGUUUUCGAUAAUUUAAUUAUUCAUUUGUGCAAAUUUUCUACACUGAUGUCCACAAGUGAAGGUAAUACAGAGCAGAAUUUGCAAAUCCGACAAAAUGGGGUUUUGAGUGAAAAUUCUGAUCAAAGUGCAGAACAGAUUGCAAUUGCCUUCGGUGAAAAUACAAAAGCACAAAUGGCCGCAAGAGCCAUGUUCCAACUGGUUCAAGCUCAUGGUGAUAUUCUUCGUGAGGGCUGGAAAAAUGUGCUCGAUAGUAUUUUGCGCUUGUUUUAUGCCCGUUUGUUACCCACUGCAAUAACAGAAGUGGAGGAUUUUGUAGACAGUAAAGGAUGGGUUUCGAUACAGCGAACACCACCGCCAAAGUUAUCAACAAACCGAAACGAGUCUGGUUUACUUAGCUGGCUUGGACUUAGCUCGAACUAUGACAACAAGGAAUCUGCGCCAACUGCCGAUCAGCAGCAACUUAUCAAAAUGGCUCAAGAAGUAAUAGCUGAAUGUCAUCCGGAACAGCUCAUUGUUGAUGGAAAAUAUCUCACUUCAUCCGCACUUUCUGAACUCAUCAGUACAAUUAUUCAAAUGUCUACAAAUGUUGCUCACACUGAAAUGGACAAAGGUGAACCUGUAGCAAGGAAGUUGAAGGAACAAGAAGAAGAUGCACUUGUACUUUACCUGGAAAUGAUGGUUAGCAUAGCACUGGAAAAUAAAGACCGCUUGUUUCAAAUAUGGACACCAAUCAAGCAACAUUUGCAGUGGCUUAUGAGUAAUUUUGGUCGGAAUCCGUUGAUUGUGGAGAGGGCUGUCGUUGGCUUGUUAAGGAUUGCGAACAGGAAUUUGUACCAUCUUAAAGAUGAUAUUGCUGAUGAAGUGCUUCAGUCUUUAGGGAUUCUGCUGAACCUACCACCUCCAGCUAUGUUCAUGUUUUCUCGGCAAAUUGCGUAUGGCUUACAUGAAUUACUGCGCACAAAUGCUGCAAAUGUGCACCGGCGUGAACACUGGGCAAUUCUUUUUGGAUUAAUGGAAGCUGCAGGAGCAGGUGUCCAUCCGGAAGAUUUCAAUACACAGCUUGAUGCUCCUGCUUUAUCUCAAAGCAAAUCAAAAAUUGUGAAUCGACAAGUGCAUAGUGAUACAGAACCAAGUCUAAAUCGUCCUCGAAUUGAUGGUGAAAUUGUCUCUGUUGACAGAGGCUAUACAUCUGAUGUAGUUCAAGGAUCAGUGUCAUCCGUUUCUAUUCUUUCGGAGCAUAUUGAUAGUGCAUCUUCGUUAAAGGAGGCAAGCACUGAAUGGAUACAUGUUGAUCACAAAGAUGCAAUACUUGCUGCGCAGCAGCAGCAGCUUAAGCUUAGGCCAACUGGAAAGCAGCAUCAGUAUUCGAGUGUUUUCGAUCGCGGUACUGUUGUACUACGUAUUAAUCUCAUCAGACACGAUCCUUUAGCGUUCCUUAAAGUGGGGGAAACACUAGCAUUUCUGGCACGAGAUGCAGCUCACAUCACUCCAGAAAACUUUGAUUCGUGUAUAGAAUGUCUGCGAUCAUGUACUGAAGCUAGUCUGGAUGGUGGAAGAUACGCUGCUGGUCCGCUCAGUGGUGAUGCUCAAAGUCAUUUACGAAGUGUUUUAAAGGACGAAAAAUCAAAGUAUAAUACUAAACAAGAUAGAAGUAACCAUAGACACAUGUCUCUGAAAGCCGGAAGUAACUACGAUGAAGAAGAAAUGUUACCUCAAGCUGAACCGCAGAAGCUGUCAGCAAGUUAUCAGCAGGUUGCUUUUCUGAUACUUGACUUGUGUCAUACAUUACAUGUGAAAGGUGCUUCAAUAUAUCGCAGUUGGGCUGAUGGUGGAGCUAAAAUUGAUGCGAGUUUACCAGCUCUGUGGAAUCAUUGUUGGCGGCCACUUUUGCAGUGUAUGGCUCGUCUUUGCUGUGACUGUAGGCGACAAGUAAGAACACAAGCACUUAAUUUUCUCGUGCGAGCCUUUCUAAUACCGGAAAUGCAAGCGAUGAAAGGCAGACAAUGGGAAGAGUGCUUUGGCGAGAUACUUUUUCCUCUGCUGCAAAAACUGCUGGAAAAUUUAUCACCAAUGGAUCCAAUUGGAAUGGAGGAGACACGAGUACGAGUUAUGCAGCUAAUUUCGAAAAUUCUGCUAAAUCAUCUAACUCCUUUGAGUUUGUUGUCAUCAUUUCGACCCCUGUGGUUACGCUUACUGGAUUAUAUGGAUCAGUAUCUUCAUGCGGAUCGUAGUGAGCUUUUAUCAGAAGCAAUUCCGGAAUCGUUGAAGAACAUGAUUCUCGUCAUGGAUAAUACUGAAAUGUUCAAUACUAUGCCUGACUUGUACGAUAUGACUGUUACGCGCAUUGGUGCAUUCUUGCCAGAAUUGUUGGCCGAAGUGAUGCCUGGCCCUCCAAAAAGACUGGAUUUAUCUGACAAGAAGUUACACGAGACACCAGAGUUACUUCUUCAAAACAAAAGCUCCGAAAUUAUUAACUUUGAGUCUGGAGAAGCAGCAUCGAUACUUCCUCAGCAAUUCAGUAUUGAUAGACAAGUAUUGAUUGCCCCACCAGUUGAUUUAACCACGCAAUCACAAUCUCCAAAUCCUAAUCAGAUAGAACCUGAUGAUAUUGCCCAUAGCAGCGGAAAUUCAAAGUGUACCGAUUUAUCAAAGGUUGCAUUGGAGAUUCCGAUCCCAGAAUUGGAAGAGGUAAUCGUUCAUUCCUAUAGUACUUCUCCGCCCACGCAAUCACAUUUUGUUAUUCCUGAAGCAAAUGCUCAACCCUUAACGCUACAUCCAAAUGCAGAACCUGAUAUCUGUAGUCGAGGUGGGACAGCAUGUGAACAACUGUCUAGUCAGCAAUUCUCAUGUGCCCGAACUGCACAAAUAUAUAGCAAAAAUUAUCUUCGCGAUACUAAAGGGCUUACGAACGUGAGUGAUGAGACGCAGUUUGCUACGUCAUCGUCGGAAACAUUUCGGGUAGCACCACCUCAUUUAUUGUAUGCUCAGCAGCAGUUACAACAACCCUCAUUUGUUGACUCACAGUCAUCACAAAUCUCAUAUAAACUGACUUCGGUCACGAUCCCAGCAAUGAAUACUAUUGGUGGAUCUUUGGUCCCGUCGCCAAACAGUGCAUUUUCGCCUCCGGUAUCUUCAUCUUUGCGAUCCGUUGCUGAAGUAUCAUCUCUACUUGCUGAGCCGGCGCUGAAGGAAGAACAAAAGGUAGUGGAGAAUGGUGUAGGAUGA